CAGUCAUGUGAUCAGCUGUGUCCAAUCAUAGCUGAUCAUAUGAGAGCCGGUAAUCUGCUUUUCGCAGAGGGGACAUGUACACUGAUCAUCAGGCAACUGAUGAUCAGUGUGCCCUGAUGAUCAGUGUGGCCCCAGAAGUGCCACCUGUCAGUGCUCAUCAGUGCCAGUGCCCAUCAGUGCCACGUGCCAGUGCCCAUCAGUGCCACAUCAAUGCCACAUAUCUGUGCAUACCAGUGCACAUCAAUGCCACAUAUCAGUGCCCAUCUGAGCUGCCUUUCAAUGUCACCCAUCAGUGCCAGUCAGUGCCACCUAUCAAUGCCAAUCAGUGCCACCUAUCAGUG